GAGGUGCGCAUGCGUCCCUCACAGUGUGAAACGGAUCGGCACACGCUUGAUAAAACAGUUGAUCUCCGUCUGUUUUGAUAGAUUUUGUGGUAUUUUACGUAGGUUUAAAACAUCAAAUUCAUGUAGGUUUACGGUAUUAAUGUUAUAUUCAUUCAUGUAGCUCUAAAACGGACAAAAUGUUGAUUUUUUUUUCCCCCUGGCGACCGCGGACUUCUUAGGGGGACCUGUUGAUUCUACGGUGUAGCCCACCGAAGCAGCAAUGGAGGUAUCUGAUGUUGACCGGUGACAGGCACACAUGAACACUCUCAACCAUCUAGUGAAGACCUACAUCCAAGCAAAGAUGGACGCUAUGGAUACACAGCGGGCCUUGGAGGCUGUGGAGAGACUCCAGGCCAAGCUGAAGGACAGAGGAGAGGCUCCUACAGAGGAGAAACUAUCACUACUGAAGACCGUUCUACAGAGCCCUCUGUUCCUUCAGAUACUAACCAUGCAACAGAUACAGCUACAGCUGCCAGAGGAGAAGAAGUCAGUACCGAAGUCUGUUUCCCUCAACACGGGUCUCUCCACGGCCAUGUCUCUGGGCCUGAGGACCAUCUCCCAUAGUGACUCCUAUACCUGGGCCCAGAACAACAGCAGCAGCAGUAGUGGUGGAGGAGGAGGAGGAGGAGGUGGUGGAGGAGGAGGAGGAGGAGAUAGCCCCCCUGCUAAACCCUUCCUACCUCUGCAGAACUACGGAGGCAGUCUCAAUGCUCUCAACACAAACACAGAAAGCAACGCCGUGACCAAUAAGAUACAGUGUAUGACUCAGUUAUGUACGCCUCCACGAAUCUCCAGGACCUUAUCGAUGGGAAGGAACCUGUCGUAUAUCGCCAACGAGAAGCGUCACAUAGAGUUGAUAGAGCUGGAGAACGAUGGGAAGGGGCUGGGCUUCGGCAUUGUAGGGGGUCGAUCCUCUGGAGUCCUGGUCAAAACCAUCCUACCAAGUGGCCCUGCUGGACUGGACAAGCGUCUGCGCAGCGGGGACCACAUCCUGCGUAUCGGGGACACAGACCUGGCGGGCAUGGGCAACGAGGAAGUGGCUCACGUUCUCCGCAACGCAGGGUCAAGGGUCAAACUGCUGAUUGCUAGGGACGUCGCGGUCUCCACGGGAACCAAUGACCUCUCCCUCUCGUCGCCCCCACUCCCUCUCCUCGCCCAGCAACAACAGAGGGUGGCCAGGAUGGGCAAACAGCUGUGUGAUGUGGAGGAGGACUCUGAGUACAGUGUCCAGUUCAGUAAGAACAACAUGGGCCUGGGAUUCACUGUCACCAGCUCCAAAGGGGAGCAGAACUCUGGGGUGCAGGUGAAGAGCAUUGUGAAGGGCAGCGCUGUGGACCAAGCCAGUCAGAUACACAUCGGAGACAAGAUCUUAGCUGUGAGAACUCUCUCUCUCU